GCUCCUUUCUUGCCAUUCAUUCGCUCUUUACUGAUCGGUGCAUGAACCCGGAGAUAUAUUAAGAUCUCAUAUCCCGCCUGUCAUUCCUUUGUUUUUGUGCCGUGUUGCCCUGUCUUUGCUACGUAUUUCUGCUGCUACACCACUUGACCUUCACUACAACCCUUGAAACUACUUCUACUAUUCCAAUGUAUCAUCAAUCAACCUUCCUCUCUCACAGCAGCGCCAAUACAUCCUCAAAAAGCAGCAGUCCGAACAACUCCAAUACCAUGGACCUAUCCCAGUCUCAAUCGAGUCUACCCCUCGCCAUGCCACCCCUCGUCAACAACAUCAGCAACAAGCUCCGAAACCGAUUGUCCCUCAAAAAUGCACGCGCCGCAAUCGCAGAGAGAGAAAUCCUCAAACGCGAAAACCGGGCUGCGAGGCCGUUGACGCAGCGCAAUAUGGACACUUUUCUGAUUGAGCAAGAUCUUCACGAUGCGCGUGUGCGUCGGGCCGAGAACUUGCACGUGUCGCAGUGGCUGCAGCAGUUGCCAUGAGCAUUCUGUAGCUACGUAGUGAUGCAAUUGUCCGAUACCCCCCAUACGUGUUCGUUCGUUGUGUAUUCCUACCUCUACCCCUAUACCUGGAGACGGCGUACACCAUUGAUACGAACCACGAGAACGAGUUCUCCGCCGUGACCUCGAUACACAUACGAUUUCGAUAUUCUUAUUGUCUAGUGUACUAUGUCAAACGGCACUGAAGAAGCCCUGUUAUAGCACAUGACAGAAAUGGCCAUGUCAGUUGCAAAGUGACUACACGCGGUGUGGAUAUUGAAUAUCAUUAGAGCAAGUUCACGAUAACUUGCUUGCGCAUUUCGAGGCAGGGUCUAUUCUUAGACUAAAGCAACAGUCAUGUCAUGAUUUACGAAUUGUACAUAUAAUAAUAUAAUGUUUAAUCAAAGCAUGCCAGCCACGCAGCAGCAUGUCAUCUUCAG